AUGCAUUUCCCACUAGUGAUAAAAUGUCAAUUUGCUCUAUGUUUCAUCUUCAAGGACAAAAACGCAAUUGACGGCCAGCCCCGAGCUUGUUUAAAGGACUGCGAUGUUCCUGGGACUAAUCACUUGUCUUUCACCAGGAUGAGUUCCGAGGAGGAGGCCUCAUCACCCAGCUCAGGAAUUCAGGGCUGGGAAAAUUGAGCCGAGUCAUCCCAUCUGGCGGCCACCCCGGGAACAGCAGCUCUGCGCGGUGAUCCGGGCUCCGGCCGCACCUGCCGCAUCGCCACGUGACCGCAGUUCCAUGGACCAAACACCGGGAAGAAUGCUGGGCGAGCCCCUUUCCAGCCCCACCACCCAGUCCAAGAAGAAAAGCACAUCAGUGAUGUCUUUCUUUUCCAAGGUCUCUUGGAACCUGAGGCUUCAGAAGCAGGAACCUCUGAAGAAUGUGUUUUUCAUCUUGGCAGAGACAGCCCGGGACCCCAGUGUUAAAAAGCGUCAUAUGGUGAUGAGAGGCCUGGGAACCAUGGCCUGUGAGAUCCCGGACAAGGUAGGAAGGGCAGGGGGCGCUCGGCCAGCCCUCGUGGCCUGGAGUCCCCAGGACUGGGGGUCUACUGCUGUAGUCCAGGUACAGUUCAGCUGGGUCCUCUGCCCAGGGGCCUGCAAGGCUGCCAUCAAGGAGAAUGACAGCCUGAGAUACUCGGCCUUUGUCUUGUUUGGGCAACUGGCUGCGCUUGCUGGACGGAAGUGGAAGAGGUUCUUUACCCGUCAGGUGAAGCAGACUCAAGACUCCCUCCUGACCCACUUACAGGACAGGAAUCCCCAGGUGGCCACGGCCUGCAAAACAACUUUUCAAGCCUGUUCUCCAUAUCUGAGACAAAGCAAGGACUACAGCUUCCAGAAUGAGGAGGAUCAAAGGAACCCGAAACUCUGCCGGCAGCUGAGCCACUACCAUCCCGAGCUCCUGCAGUUCUUCUAUGCAAAUAAAAUCCUGUAAACACAGAGCGGCAGGGAGGUGGGUCCAGUGAGCGCAUGGCUGGGGGCUGAUAUUUCCCCUCUUUUAACCCUUUGGGUGCUCUGUUGCCUCUGGUGAUUGUGAUAGAAGAUGGAAUGUUGGGAGAGCAAUUGAUGGCAAACUUAAGGCCGUGGAAUUGUAUAGUUGCAUCGAAACUAAAUUCUAAAUAUCUUAUGUCUCAUUUUCUUCCACACAUGUUUGAUGACAAGGUGCGUCCUUUCUUUAAAACAUUUAAAGUAUAUGUGGAUUCAGUGCUUUUUUCUCAGCAUUUUUCUUCUUAAGGAUAUCUCUGUCGCCAACCUUUCUUUUUGAUUUUUAAGGCUUAGGAGAAUAUUACCUGAAGUUUUUCUUUUUUUUUUUUAAUUUGCUAUUGAUCCUUUGCCAUUUGCUAUUAAUACCUUUUUCUGGCGAGACCUACUUAAAGUUGGCCAAGGUACCAAGAAGUUAGUGUGGAGGGCAAUUUCUAGUUCAUCGUCAUCAACAGUCAGUAUCUCCAAGAUCAUUCCAAACAAGAGUUAAUAAAGAGGAAAAAAAAAUCAAUGAAGCGUGUGUUGAAAAACCUUGAGCUAAUGGUAAUAUGUGGAAUACUAAUAAUGAAUAAUGUGUAUUGAGCAUGUUUAUAGUUCACUGGGCACUCUCUAAGCACUUUGCAAGUAUUAUUUAAUACUCACAACAAGCCGUGAGAAAGGUACUAUUAGUACCCUCAUUUUAUAGGUG